UCCGCAGGCGGGUCUCCGGGGCUCUGGCCGCGCCAGCCCGGCCGCAGGUGCCGCCCCCGACACCCCCGCGUCCCGCCCAGGUUGAUCCGCGUCUGCCGUCGGUCGGUGCGUGCGUGCGCCUCGUCGGUCCGCGUGUGUCUGGCGGGUGUGUGUCUGCUCCGCGGCCAUGACUCCGCCGCCACCGCAGCCCCCGUCCCCGGGCCCCAACCCUGCCGCCGACUCGGCCGCCGAACCCCGGUCUGGACCCGGACCCUUAGUCGUACUGUUCGGGGCCACAGCCGGUGCGCUGGGGUCGGACCUGGGCUCUGACGAGACCGAUUUAAUCCUCCUAGUUUGGCAAGUGGUGGAGCCCCGGAGCCGCCAGGUGGGGACGCUGCACAAGUCGCUGGUGCGCGCCGAGGCCGCGCUGAGCCCGCAGUGCCGCGAGGCGAGCGGCUUGAGCGCCGACAGCCUGGCGCGGGCGGAGCCGCUGGACAAGGUGCUGCAGCAGUUCUCACAGCUGGUGAGCGGGGAUGUGGCUUUGCUGGGCGGGGGCCCCUACAUGCUCUGCACUGAUGGGCAACAGCUGCUGCGACAGGUCCUGCACCCAGAGGCUUCCAGGAAGAACCUGCCGCUUCCUGACAUCUUCUUUUCCUUCUACGACCUCCGCAGAGAGUUCCAUGUGCAGCACCCAGGCACCUGCCCUGCAAGGGACCUCACUGUGGCCAGCAUGGCACAGGAUUUGGGACUAGAGACAGAUGCCACUGAGGAUGACUUUGGGGUCUGGGAAGUGAAGACAAUGGUAGCUGUCAUCCUUCACCUUCUGGAGGGUCCUGGUGGUCAAUUGUUCUCGAAGCCUGAGGUGGUAAAGCAGAAAUAUGAGACGGGACCUUGCCCUGACCCUGUGCCCUGUACCCACAGCAGCAAGGCCGAAGUGGUGGACAGCGAGACUGUGGUUCGGGCCCGUGGGUUGCCCUGGCAGUCAUCAGACCAGGAUGUGGCUCGUUUCUUCAAAGGACUCAACAUUGCCAGGGGUGGUGUAGCGCUGUGCCUCAAUGCCCAGGGCCGCAGGAACGGCGAGGCCCUCAUCCGGUUUGUGGAUAGUGAGCAGCGGGACCUAGCACUGCGGAGACAUAAGCACCACAUGGGCGUCCGCUAUAUUGAGGUAUACAAAGCAACAGGAGAAGAAUUUGUAAAAAUCGCAGGGGGCACAUCUCUGGAGGUGGCUCGUUUCCUGUCAAGAGAAGAUCAAGUGAUCCUGAGACUGCGAGGGCUGCCUUUCUCAGCUGGGCCAGCAGACGUGCUAGGCUUCCUAGGGCCAGAGUGCCCAGUGACUGGGGGUGCUGAUGGACUCCUCUUUGUACGCCACCCUGACGGCCGGCCCACUGGUGAUGCUUUUGCUCUCUUUGCUUGUGAGGAACUGGCACAAGCGGCACUGCGUAGGCACAAGGGCAUGCUGGGUAAACGGUACAUUGAGCUGUUCCGGAGCACAGCAGCUGAGGUGCAGCAGGUCCUGAACCGCUAUGCCUCCACCCCGCUCCUCCCCACACUCAAUGCUCCACUGCUGCCUAUUCCCUUCCCACUGGCAGCUGGGACUGGGAGAGACUGUGUUCGCCUUCGAGGUCUGCCUUACACAGCCACCAUCGAAGACAUCCUGAGCUUCCUGGGUGAGGCAGCAGCUGACAUCCGGCCCCAUGGUGUGCACAUGGUGCUCAACCAGCAGGGCCGGCCAUCGGGAGAUGCCUUUAUCCAGAUGACAUCAGCAGAGCGGGCCCUAGCUGCUGCUCAGCGUUGCCAUAAGAAAAUGAUGAAGGAACGCUAUGUGGAGGUGGUCCCCUGCUCCACAGAGGAGAUGAGCCGUGUCCUGAUGGGGGGCACCUUGGGCCGAAGUGGCAUGUCCCCUCCACCCUGCAAGCUGCCCUGUCUCUCGCCACCUGCCUAUGCCACCUUCCAGGCCACCCCAGCACUCAUUCCCACUGAGACAGCAGCACUAUACCCCUCUUCAGCACUGCUCCCAGCUCCCAGGGUGCCUGGUGCCCCCACCCCUGUUGCCUACUACCCAGGACCAGCCACUCAGUUCUACAUGAACUACACAGCCUACUACCCCAGUCCUCCAGUUUCCCCCACCACUUUGGGCUACCUCACCACACCAUCUGCUGCUCUGGCCUCUGCUCCCACUUCAGUGUUGUCCCAGCCAGGAGCCCUGGUCCGGAUGCAGGGUAUCCCAUACACAGCUGGUAUGAAGGAUCUGCUCAGUGUCUUCCAGGCCUACCAGCUAGCCCCUGAUGACUAUACCAGUCUGAUACCUGUUGGUGACCCAUCUCGCACUGUGCUACAGGCCCCCAAAGAAUGGGUGUGCUUAUAGGUGAAGGAACCAGGAGGUAAGAGCUGGCUGAUAUCCUCAGCUAACUUGUUUUUCUUGGAUCCAGAGGCCCAGUGCCUUCUACCCAAAGGCUUCUUUCUGGCUUUUUAAAGGCCUCAGAUGACACCCAGAGGAGCCUAAGCCCAGGCUCCAUACCCUGAAGAUGAUGGCUGGACCUUGCAUGCAGGGUCAGGAAUGGAAUGAUGUUACUCUGCUCCCAGUGGCUGGAUCUGGGCCUCUUGAGUGUCAACCAAAGAGCCUCAGGUCUGUUGUUCUGGCUAUGGCUCAUGCCUACAGAGUCUGUACGGGCUGACAGCUGACUUGCUUGCUUUUUAAAAAAUGUAAGCCUUGGUACCUUCAAUGUGUUACUCCUGGGAGCUUCUCAGUAAAGAUGCCAAUGUACCUUUCUCUGUCCCUCCUGGUGGGGGAAGAGAGCCAGAGAGAGCUGGUUCCAGCCACCAGGAUACUUGGACUGCAACAGCUACAUUGAGCCAGGAUGGUUCCAUUUAAGGAUAUUAGUCCCUUCAGCCUGGUACAAAGGAUACCAGGUGGCAAAAAUGACAGGGUUAUUUGAUGGACUGUGUCGAAAAAUCUACAAAAGACACCAGGGGGCAGGACACCCCCUCAGAUAAACUCAGGCUUGACUUUUAAAGUAGACUUUCUACCUAAUUUUCAUGUAUACCUUAGGCAGGUCAUUUGCCCUGAACUCAGCAGACACCAUGGAAUGUCCUUUGCACCCACCAGAGGGUGGAGGACUGAAGCUUCAGAAAAAGAGUUUGGACCAUUAACCCACUCUGUAAAAUAAACAAAGGUUCUUAACUAA